ACUGAAACAAAACUGGCCAUGUAUAAUCUCAUUUGCUAAAAAAUAAAUUUGAAAUUAAAAGAUUGCAUCUGAAAAUCGAAAGCUUUCUCGUCUAGAACAACAGAGAAUAGAAAAAUUUAAAAUGAAAAAAGUAAUUAGUUCAUUUCGCUUACUAAUUUUACUUGUAUUUUUGUAUAACUCUUUAAGUCCUAGUGCUACCGAGAAUGUCAAGAAAAGCAUUGACGAUCCACAGGAUGAAAGUAAUGAAGGCAAUGAUGAAACGAAGGAGUCAAUGGAUAUAAUGGCGGAAAGUGAAAGUACCGACAGUAUGAAUACUUACAAUAACAAUAGUAAUAUCUCUCCGGAACUUGAAAUGAAAGGCCAGAAUAAUUCCACUGUAUGUACUAGAAGGGCAAAUUCCCUGAUGCACGAGGUACAAAAAGCAAAUCACAAGCAAUUUCCAUUUAUGGCAGCUAUCAUGUCUCAUCAGAAUGAAUAUUUAUGCGCUGGUUCCGUUGUCUCUAAUGGAAUAAUUUUAACUUCUGCAGAGUGUGUACAGAAACCAGUUAGUUAUGUGUUAUUGAACACAACCAAAGCUAAAAAAGACGAUUCUGCUGUAAUGCUGUACGUUAAGAAUCGAGAAAAAUUUCCUUCUUAUGCUGGAGCUGAACAUCAAAAGGAUAUUGGAAUAAUAUUCACUGAUAAACAUAAUAAUACUGUAGCCUCGAAGAUAAAGUUGAGCAAUUUGACUAACUUGAAAGCGCUUUCAGAUUUCGAAGGGCUAGGAUAUGGUUUAAAUGCUGAAGUAAAUCAAGUAAGAGACUUACAAUAUAUAGGUGUGGAAUAUCGACCAUUUGAUGAAUUUCCCGAUUUAUUGGAGGGGUUUUUUGAUUGUGUAGAUACCAAAGUUCCAACCUGCUUUAGAGAUUUCGGUGGUCCAGCAAUAUUUGACAAUGAGUUAAUAGGAAUUAUUAGUUCCGGUCAAGACCAAUGUACUAAUGAAAUGUCCUCUAAGUAUGCAGUUAGCAAGAAAUUAGUUAAAGUUGUACCUACUUAUACUUUUAAAGCAUGGCUUGAUGAAAAAAUAAAAAAGUUGGAAGAUAAGCAACCUGUAGCCCUCGCAACAUAUCCAACUAAACCAGAUGGAGAUCCGAAAACACAGGUAUUCUAUUCAGAACCCACAGGAAUUGGAUACAAGUCAUCUGCUAUUCCGUUUUUAGUUUUCAUUGUAACGUUAAUUGCUCUAUAAUAUUUUUAAGAUUUUGCUUUAGUAAAACUAAUAUCUAAAUUUUUUGUGAUUAAAUA